AUGUCCAUAGGUACAUAUUCACAGACACAUACAACACGGUCAUUGCUGCUACUACUACUGCGGACUUAAAAUAUGCCGAGGAGAAGCACACAAUCUUUGGUGCUAACCCUGCCGCCUCGCCUUCUAUCCUCACCUACUUCUACAGCUGGGCCCUCUUCCUCAUCUCGAGCCUUCGACAACUCUCUCCCUCAAUUGUCUGCUCCCUGCGCCGCUCUACCACCUUCCAAGCUGCCAACCACAGCUUCCGACAUGAAUAUUGUAUCUCAGUCUGUGCCCUGCCUGCCGACAGUAUUUAA